CAGACACCUCGGCAAUUAUAGGUGGAACAGUGGCUGUGGCCUUUAUGAUCACUACUUCACUGACAGUCAUAGCCAUAGUGAUUCUAGUGUUGAGAAGCUGCAGAGGGAUUUCAACUGCAAGAACACAAGGUACAGGCAGAGCUACAAAUCAAUCAUUGGAGCUCUCAGAGGCAACGUAUUAUGCGGAUCCAGACCAGCUCAAUACCAAUGAGGCCUACAUGAGAGGGACAGCUGAAGGUGAAUAUUAUGAGGUACUACGAUGCCCUCCAACCACCUCCCCUCAGCCUACUACUGCUGGACCUAUGUAACAGUGGACAUGCCUCUGCAUGAACAGAGCCCACUAUACUGUAUUAAUUUUGCUGUAUGGUAAAGCGUGUGACUGUCAAUACCUAGCUUCUUGGACGAAGUAAAUCACAUUCUUGUUGUUCAUGGUCAUGUA